CCCCGAUUCAGAAAGUAAAACUCUGCUCUGAGCAGCUACGUUUGGGGUCACUGUUAUGUUCCAGAUUGGAGCUGACUUUCAACAGGUUGUAGGCUUUGGGCAACAGAUUUCUUCAAAAAUGCAGGUGGGCCCCACUUCCAGCACUCCUGGCUCAAGACUUUUGUAGAUAAAUCUCAAGACCUGUGCCCUGGAAAGCCAAGCCUAAUCCAGGCACCACCUUUCUCUUUACCAAGAUCAACUGGGAAGAGGCCAUAGGUCUUCUCCACCCCCAGCCUGGACUACUGAUCUGUCUCUAUGGGGAAGUAUGACUGACUGCCCAGGCCCACGGAGACUCACAUGAUCCAAAGGGAGGUGAUCCUGGGUCACUCAGUGGAGAGACUUCAUCAGCCUCAUUAUGAUCAACUCACUAGCCCUGAGCUAAGUCCCUCCCUGGCUCCAGCUUCCUCCUUCCCACAGAAUAAAACCAUAGGGAGCUAGAGUUCCUGAAGCCAUCUGCAGCUUGCCUACCCUAGGCCCGAGGGGCCAGACUGAUUGAAGGACUGCCCAGAAUGGAGACGACGGUACUAUUAGCCCUCUUCCUGCAAGGGGCCCUAACUCUCUCACUGACAGACAAUUCAGUUCCCACCUUGCGCUUUGUGGCUGUGGGAGACUGGGGAGGGGUCCCUAAUGCCCCGUUCUACACAGCCCGAGAAACGGCAAAUGCAAAGGAAAUCGGGAGGACUGUGCAAACCCUGGGAGCCAACUUCAUCCUAUCCCUUGGAGACAACUUCUACUUCACUGGAGUUCAGGAUGCCGAGGAUAAAAGAUUCCAGGAAACCUUUGAGGAAGUUUUCACAGCCCCCUCCCUUCAAAACAUUCCCUGGUAUGUGCUAGCUGGAAACCAUGACCACCUGGGAAAUGUUUCAGCUCAGAUUGCUUACUCCAAAGUCUCUAAGCGUUGGAAUUUCCCCAGCCCUUAUUACCGCCUCAGAUUCAAAAUCCCCAAAACUAAUGUAAGUGUGGCCAUUUUUAUGCUGGACACUGUGACACUGUGUGGAAAUUCAGAUGAUUUCCUGAGCCAACAGCCUGAGAGACCUAAGGAUUUGAAACUGGCACGAAGCCAGCUGUCCUGGCUAAAGAAACAGCUAACCAAUGCCAAAGAGGACUACCUGCUGGUAGCUGGCCACUACCCUGUGUGGUCAAUAGCAGAGCAUGGACCUACCCAUUGCCUUGUAAAGCACUUACAGCCUCUGCUGGUCAAGCACAAAGUCACAGCUUACCUAUGUGGCCAUGACCACAACUUGCAGUACCUCAAGGACAAGGACGGCGUGGGUUAUGUGUUGAGUGGGGCAGGAAACUUCAUGGACCCCUCAAAGAAACACCAACGUAAGGUCCCUGAUGGUUAUCUGCGUUUUUACUAUGGGGCCCGCAAUUCCCUCGGUGGCUUCGCCUAUGUGGAGAUCACCUCCAAGGACAUGAGCAUCACUUACAUUGAGGCCACAGGCAAAUCUCUCUAUAAGACAAGUCUACCCCGUCGAACUGUGUCCUAGACCCUAUCAUCUUAUAUUGCCUGGCACCUCUCAUAUUUGGAAUAUCUUGGAGAUAGUGGGAACUCAUUGCACCCUUCCCUGUUCUCUUUCAACCUCUUCCCCUCUUCCCUCCCACUUCCCUAGAUAAGCUCCUUAGGGAGUCUCUGGGAAUCUAGCACUGGUAGGCUUGUCUUCCUUGGAAGGGGCUAGGAAUAUACAACCUGCUCCCCCAAAGGCUGUGCUGACAGGUAGGUGGGAUUUGCCUAUUACUUAGAGAAGUAAGGAGUCCCACUUGAUUAAUCUAGGGUGUGGACACAGGUUUAAGAACCUGAAAGAGCUUUGGUCCAGGAAACCAUAGCUCAACACCAGCUGAUGUGAAUAUGCCAGUGUGGAUGCAGAACAAGCAUUUCUAAAGAGUGGCUUUCCACUCCUGUGACUGUUAUCACUCCCAAUCCUGAUCUUAAGGAGAAACUGGAAUAAAGAAGAGAACUUCCAAAGAAGGUGUUUUCUGUUGUUGCAUUUCAAUAAAAUAACUGUUUCAGAGGCUAAA